AUGGCCGAAGCCCGGCGUGAAGCGGAGGAGGAGGGGGGGCGCAGAGACCUGCAGGACGUCCGGAACAGAAGCCAAACUACAGAAUUCGUCACAGAUCAUCCUGAAAGAGCCAAACCAGACCAUCAGAUAAAUUCCAGCCAAGGACCUCUGUCUUCAAUACGAGCUGCUAUCAAACGGACAAAAACAAACUCCCAGAGUGACCAAACCAGAGACAGAAGGCGACCAGAGAUCACCAUCGUCUCAGCAGAACCUCUGGCCAGUAACCACUGGUUCUCAGGAUCCUCUGUGGUUUUCCCUCCUCCUCCUCAGGCAGGCUGGUCUGCAGGCAUCCAGGCCGUUUCCCAGCCCCCACCAUCCUAUGAUCAGGUGAUUCAAGAGAAGACCCAGGAGGAGCACAUCGUCAAGCCCACUGCAGCCCCCCGCCGCACCACCUGCACCACAAGCGCCACGCAGACUGACCCUGUGAGGGAAGACACCUCCACCCCUGUCCCACAGUCAGCAAAGAAAAGACCUGCUGGUAAAAAGCCACAAAAACCACCAAGGCCAUCACUGCCUAAACCAGUGGACAGAGAGCCGGUCUCUGAAGCUGCUGCACCCUCUGACGAGAAGGCUGGAGCAAAUCCCACAGUACCCACAAACACUGAGGACCAUAGCGACUCCAAGUCGGAUCUAAAUCCACCCAAUCGAGCAGAUUCCUCUCACUCAUGCACCAGAUCUGUGACUGUACACUGGGACAUUCCCACAAAACCUCUGUCUACCACUGCUGCUGAAACCACUCCCUCCUCCCCAGACUCACAACACAGUCAACGCCCCGUUCCACUUCCUCGCACAAAAUCCCGAAAGCAGCCAACCGCAGAAGAGGUCAAAGUUCAGACUUUGGUCAAGCUCAGCGAAAACUGUGAGAAAAUUCACUCUGAUCCAGAGGAGGUCUCAUCCAAUAAGUAUUUAAAGGAAUUAUUAGAGGUCUUUAGUGCCGAUAACGAGUUUGAAGAGGGUGACAUCGUUAACCAAUCAGACGAGGCCUUACAAGGUGAAGAUGCUGGUGGCGAGAUGAACUCCAGCCACAAUCAUCGCAAUAUCCAGGCCAGGAUCCAAGCCUUUGAGAGCCAGACUAGCAGUGAGGAGAGAAAUGUCAUCGAACAAGCCAAACCAGAACCUCGACCCAGGAAGGCGACCACCAAACCUCCGGUUGCUGCUAAACCCUCUGUAGCCCUUAAACCUCAGUUUAACCACAGUAUAGAUAAUGACUCAUCCACAGACAUCCCCCAAAACCCUGCACUGACCCCCAGACCUCUGCCCCCCAAGAAACCUGCAGGACUAUCCAUUAAAGAGGAACUAGAUGCUUUACACAACAAGGUGGCCAUCCCAAACAGAUCACGGCCUCCGUUGACCAGAGCCGUCAACAUCUAUGAAGAGGAAGCUUCACUGGUUCCCCCCACACCUCCAGUAAAGCCUUUAAAGGAGCCCCUGAAGCCAAACCUUAAUAUAAACAACCACAACUCAGCCUCCAUGUCCAGAGAGAAUGAGUAUGUGGAAAGUCCGUCGAAUCACACCCCAGUCAAGCCUCAACAUAACGUGGACAGCAACGGAGGCUCCUUCAUCAAACAAAGUGUAACCAGGAGACCAACCACCAUCAGGGUCCCCAGCAGAACCGCUUCAGUGUCAGAUCAUUUUCAGGACGGUCCCCCUCCUCUCCCUGCUCAGAAGCCCGUAGGCAACCUGAACACCUCAGUGAACCACAAACAAAGCCUGCCACCCAUCCCCUCCCUCCAGGAGUCUUCCCAGUCUGGGCCAGAGUCGUCGCUACCACCUCGGAGGCUGAGCACAAACAAACCCCUUCCACCUCGGCCACCUCCAGCCAAAACAGGCCCAGGAAGGCCUCCCCCACCCAGCCUUCAGGCCACAGGCCGAUCCUCUUCGGCACCAUGGGAAACUUCACCAAGACCCCAGGCACAGAAAUCCCACAGGAAAGGACCUGCCUUACCUCCAAGGCCCAACCCAGGCCACCGUCUCUACAACAAAUACACUCUUCAGCUUUCUCAUGGGAUCGCCGCCGUUGACUACAACGGGAGUAAUACAGGAGAGCUGUCUUUUCAGAGAAAUGAAGUGCUUCUGCUGCUGGAGGAGACUGAUCAUGACACGUUUGAGUGCCAAGUUGGAGACACCAGAGGCCGAGUCAACAAGUCUCGCAUCAAGGUCAUAACUCCUCUUGACGCCGUGUCGCCACCACAGGGUGUGGGCCCAGCUGGUUCAGGUGGAGCUGGUUGUGGGCUUAAAGUGCAGGCCGUCCAUGACUUCAGUCCAGAGGGUCCAGGAGAGCUGCGUCUCAGAGCAGGAGAUGUGGUGACCAUGGUGGAACAGGUGGACAGCGAGUGGUCCAGGGGCACCUGCAGGGGAUCCACUGGUUUCUUUCCCACCAAUUAUGUCAAAGUCCUGUCAAAUUCACCAAAACCUGUCCCUGAACGGAAAGCGAAGACACCCACACCAGUCAGCGGUCCGAGAUAUGUGGCGAGGUUCGACUUCGAGGGCGAGCACAGUGACGAGCUGUCGUUCUCUGAGGGGGAUGUCAUACAACUGAAGGCGUUCGUGGGUCAGGAAUGGGCUCGGGGGCAGAUCGGCGCCGUUACCGGUAUCUUCCCUCUCAACUUUGUGGAGGUCAUUGAAGAUCUGCCUCCGCCCGCGAGCCAGCAGCAGACACAGUCCACCAGGAUAGCUCUGCCUGGCAUGGUUGCUUCUCCAAGUGCACACCCUGAAGUGGCCAAACCUGCUCAGGCGUCUCAGCCCAGUGUGGAGUGGGUGGUGGCUCUGUAUGACUUUGCAGGGAGCUCAGACGGAGACUUGUCCUUUCAACAGGGCGACUGCAUCCUGAUCAGCCAGCAUAUUGACACAGAGUGGAGCCGCGGACGGCUCAACGGCAAGGAGGGCAUAUUCCCCAGGGCUUUUGUUGAGAGCUGCACAGGCCAGCAGUCAUCUAACAACCAGCAGAAUGUAGCUGCUGCUGGCAGCAGAGCCAGGGCUAUGUAUGACUUCAAAUCAGACUGUGAUGAGGAGCUCUCUCUGCAGGUUGGGGAUAUUAUUACUGGUCUUGAGUCCGUUGAUGACGAAUGGUUCCUGGGUGAUCUGAGAGGCAAACGGGCCCUGGUUCCUAAAAACUACGUGCAAGUACUGGGAUAGUGCCAUGUGGCUUUCAGUACACCAGGAAGGGGACGCUGCCAGAUGAUCGAACUGAAAUGAGACCUGAGGACAGAUUUUUUCAGCAGAAGUCUGAAGUGAUCUCUGAAUGCAGUAUUUUAUCUCUGAGUAGUGCAACAUCUUUUUUUCCCACUUGCAGCGUUAACUUAAAAUUAAGCGUUCACUGAAUAAUUUAUCAUGGUUAUAAAUAUUCAAGCUGGCUGCCAAUUAAAAUACUCUGCGUGUUGCUGUAUAAGCUGUUUGAGACUUCAACUGCACAUUUGCACCACCUAGUGGUUUGUCUCACUACACUCUUACAUUUGUUACAGUACAUUUUGUAUGAGGUUAAUACCUGAACAUGUCAUUUGCCUUUAUGAUCUGGUUUGAUUACAUGGAAUUAAGUUGAAAUAAGGGUCAGACCACUUCAGGCUAACAAACAUAUCGCUACCAGAUUAGUCACUAACUCAGAGGCCCUGUUGGGUUUUGCACUGUUUCAUUAAUAACCCAUUUGAUUUUGAUACAAUUUGUGUCUUGGUUCCCCUGGAUUGACUAAAUAUCUGAAACCUCUUAACACUGCUUUGUAUUUUUACUUUUGCUUUAUUCUUUUAUCUUAUGAACUUGUAACAUUUUGGAAUAUGCUACAUAAAUAAAAUUUGUAUUUAUUAUAAUGCAAAAGGAGUUUUAUGCAGUUCAG